AUGUCUACAGUAUUCGAACCGUCUCUAUCAACCAGCGCAAUGCGCCCUCCUCUCAACUCAGCCGAUGCGCCAUCAAUGGCCGAUACACUUCCCAGCAUCAAUUUUGGAUUCGAUGAGCUGCGCGAUCGCAUGGCGAAGUUUACAAUGAAGUUCGAUACUUUCAUUGAGCAGGGGAGAAAGCGCGUGUUGGAAGAGCGCAAUCAGUUCCGAAUGAACGUUGCUGAGUUGAAAGAGGACCAACGGAUGAAGAAGAAGGACAUUGAGAUUAUGAGUUCAAAGACCGAUAGCCAUCAACAAACACUUGCGAAAGAAGCUGCCGAGACACACGAGAUCCAAACCAUGAUUGCGACAUUGAGCGCGCAAAGAGAUUCACAUCUCAGCACCAAGGAGGAUUUGAAGCAGAAGAUCAAGGACACGCAAAGGCAGAUUGACGCUCGUCUUGCCGCCCAGAAAGCGCAUGCGCAGUACAUCGAAGCGCAAACCAAGUUCAAUAUACCGGAACUGGAUUUCUACGAGUCGACUUUGUGCUUGACUAUUGAGGGAGCUGGACAAGCUGACAGGCUGAAAUUCACAUAUACGCAUAUCGACGACCGUGACUGGACUAGAGAAGCGUUUUUCGAGCUGGAUAUGGCAAAGAGGGAUUAUGAGAUUGUGUAUUGCAAGCCGAAACUGGAAAAGGAACAUAUUGAAAGAGUGGUCGACAGGCUGAAUGAGACGAGGGAAUUGCGGACGUGUUUGAAGGAAAUGAGGGAUCUGUUUGUGGAAACUAUGAAAGCGUGA